AUGAUGGGUUUUAGUAGGUAUACUUACAGAUUGGUCGAUAGGUUUAGCUUUAACUCUAUUUUAGGUAUUAAUUAAUGUUUUCAGGUACUUAUUAGGGUAAUUUAUCUUACAACAACAUCACAUAACAGAUUUGCAAUACUUUUCGUUGAGAUACGAGGUAAAAAAUGGAAAAAACUUUAAAAUUUAUAUUUUAGGUAACAUCUUUCUUAUUACUGUACAUUAUGUUUAGAUGUGACAAGUUCAGACGACGAAGAACGUUUAAUGAUGGACAUCUUCAAAGGCUACAACUCGCUAGUCCGGCCAGUACCAAACACUAGUGCGACGCCCGUGGAGAUAUCAUUCAGUUUGGCCAUGGUACUUCUGAUCAGCGUGGACGAGAAGAAUCAGAUCAUGCAGACCAAUGUUUGGCCUACUAUGGUACGUUGAUUCAAUAUUACAUUGUCAAGUUGGUUUUAUAUAAGGUAUUAUUUGUAAGACAGGGAUCAUGAUAUUGUUUUAGAGAUGGACAGACUAUCAGAUGCGGUGGGAUCCACGAAAGUACGGUGGGAUUCAGACUGUACGAUGUAAGUGGCUUCAUAAUUUGAUAACAUACUUUAAUAUUUUAAAGAAUUUCUUUAAUGUGCUAAAUUUUGAUGUCAUUUUAGUGCCUCCAGACAAAGUAUGGCUACCUGAUAUUGUGCUGUUUAACAAGUAAGCUGGUCAUGAACAUUACCUACUCUAACUUAUCUAUGUUACCCUAAUUUUAGCAUUUUUACUUUGUCUACAGUAUCGUAUCAUUUUUAUACUAACAUACAUAUUCAUAUACACUUAUCUAUAACAUCUCCAUUUCAGCGCCGAUGGUAACUACGAAGUGUCCUUUUACUCGAAUGUUGUAGUAGAGCAUACGGGUGAGAUGCUGUGGGUACCUCCAGCCAUCUACAAGAGUAGUUGUACCAUCGACGUGGAGUUCUUCCCCUUCGAUGAACAGACUUGUGCCAUGAUCUUUGGGUCAUGGACCUUCAACCAACAUGAGGUUACCAUCAAGUACCUGAUGGGCAAACGCCAGGUCGAGUUGAACGACUACUCACCCUCUGGUAUCUGGGAUGUGAUGGAAGUGCCUGGGGAGCUGAUUCAGGAGAAAAGCAAGAUCGCUUAUCAGAUCAAGAUCAGGAGGUAAGGUGGGGUAGUAUUGUUGUUUAUCAUCAUUUAACAUAAAUGAUGGUGAACAUGUCAUAAGAUACCACUAAAGUUAGAUUUUAUUUUUUCGUUUUAUAUACAAUACCUAAUUAUAGGAAAACCCUCUUCUAUACAGUAAUCCUUAUUAUACCUACAGUACUCAUGGCCUUCCUGAGUAUGAUGGUGUUCUACCUGCCAGCUGAAGCGGAUGAGAAGAUCACCUUGUCCAUCUCGAUUCUACUCGCUUUGGUGGUGUUCCUAUUACUUGUAUCCAAAAUCCUACCUCCCACCUCUUCUACCAUACCUCUGAUGGCCAAGUACUUAUUGACCACCUUUUGUCUUAAUAUUGUCACAAUUCUGGUUACUGUAGUUAUCAUCAACAUCUACUUCCGAGGCCCUACAACACAUACGAUGCCGAUAUGGGUGAAGAGGGUGUUUCUACAGUACAUGCCAUUGUUUUUGUGUAUGAGACGACCUAAUGUGUAUGUGAACUUUGAGGUUCAGAGGAGGAAGUCGUUUGGGAAGGCCAAGUAUCUGCCUGGGGAGUUCAUCGAGAUGUCAAAGCCUCAGGUAUGUUGUUAGUUGUUUCGAACACGACAGUAUUGGUUGUUAUGAAAAAUUAGCGUUUUUUUAUACAAAAUGUCAAAAAUUUAUUUUUUCCAAUACUAGGUAGACGAACUGCCACAAAUUACUAAUACGGUAUUUUUUCUGUAUCAUAUAAAUCGAUUUUACAUUGAAAUGUUAUUGUAUACACUAUGUUUAAUUGAAAUCUUUCCAAAAGAUGGUUUUAGGUGAGUCACCAUCCCCACUGUCACCGGCACGACCUGCUACCUCACGUGGAGACGGCUUUGAAUCGGAAACUCAACGAUUACAAAACAGAAUUCAACGAAAUGUUGAGCGAAGAAGCCAUCAAGGCGAUGGACGCUGUAGAUUACAUUACUCAGCAUUUGAAACGAGUUAAUCGCUACAAAAAGGUACGUCACAUCAGUAGGUAUCGACAGUUCCAUACCCACUGAUCUCUUGAUCCCGUAUCUAAAUAUACGCCUAUGUUAAUAAUGUAACCGUAGUCCUUUUUGGCUAUAACACUGGUUACUAUUCGAACAUUGCUAUUAUUAUAUAGUUCAAAUAGUUAUGUGCCUCUCCUUAAAAUUUGUAUUGAGAGGGGCACAGAAUUAUUUGAACAACCUAAUACUAUUUUGAUUUAGAUCAAAGACGAGUGGAAGUACGUGGCGAUGGUGAUCGACCGUCUCCUCCUGUACGUCUUCUUCGCCGUCACCGUGGGCGGCUCCAUGGGCAUUCUGCUGAGUGCCCCCAACGUGUUCGAAUACGUGAAUCAGACGGCUGUCAUCGAACGGUUGACAAAGUCAGCCGAGCAGGAGCUCAUCCCCUGA